AUGUCCACGACUCUAUUCGACGAUAUAUUCCAGGUCACAGAGGUGGAUCAAGGCCGUUACAACAAGAUUUCGCGUAUUGAGGCGCACUCUACGUCACAAGAGUUCCAACUCACACUGGACGUCAAUACCGAACUAUUCCCAAUCCGCUCCAAUGACACUCUGACUGUUAUGGUUUCUUCAAGUCUCUCAAUCGAUGGUACGGAGCCAGUACAGGGGGGUUCUUGGAGGGCACCUCAAGUUGGUGAGAGAUCGUUGGCCGAUGACUACGACUACGUGAUGUACGGGACCGCCUACAGAUUCGAAGAAGUGGCUGGCAAAAAGGACCUCAUCGCCGUUCAUUACUCAUUCGGCGGGCUGUUGAUGCGUCUGGAGGGCAACUACCGCGGGUUGAGCAACCUAAAACAGGAAAAUGCGUAUCUUCUAAUCCGUCGUUGA